CUAUCAUCUCUCUAUACUCGUGGCAGUUGUGUGACACAGAAAUUAAGCUAGAGCUUCAUAGUUUCUUCUUCUUUUCUCACCUUCCUUCUCUCCCUUCAGACAAAGGGACAAAAAAUCAGUGUGUGAGAGAGAGAGAGAGAAAUUCCAAAACCAUGUCCCACAGUCAUCUAAGUUUCGCCUUUGGGAUUCUAGGUAACAUUGCCUCCUUCGUGUGCUUUCUGGCACCACUACCAACAUUUUAUAGAGUUUGUAAGAAGAAAUCAACCGAAGGGUUCCAAUCAAUUCCAUAUGUGGCUGCACUCUUCAGUGCAAUGCUUUGGAUCUUUUAUGCCUAUGUGAAGACCGGAGAAACGCUUCUUAUCACCAUCAAUGCAUUCGGUUGCGUGAUUGAGACAAUUUACCUUGCCGUAUUUAUCACUUACUGCCCGAAGAAAGCUAGGAUGUCGACAUUGAGGAUGAUUGUUUUGUUAAAUUUUGGGGGAUUUUGCACAAUUGUCCUCUUAACCCACCUACUAGCAAAAGGAGAAGAAGCCCGUGUCAAGCUUCUAGGAUGGAUUUGCGUAGUCUUUGCCACUAGUGUUUUUGCAGCACCUUUAAGCAUUAUUAGGGUGGUAAUUCGGACGAAAAGCGUAGAGUUCCUUCCUUUCCCUCUUUCACUUCUCCUUCUGAUAAGCGCAAUUAUGUGGCUCUUAUACGGUAUUUCCCUGAAGGAUAUCUAUGUUACACUCCCGAACGUUGUGGGGUUAACAUUUGGAGUCAUUCAAAUCGGUCUCUAUGCAAUGUACAGAAACAACAAACCCAUAAAGGAUCAGAAGCUACCAGAACACAAAGGGGAUAUUGUUGAGAGUGAAAACGUUAUUGCUCCAACAGUGAAUGGUGAAAAACAAGAACAAGAAGUAAAGCCUCAGGGUGGAGAUAUAGAGAUUGGUGAGAAGAAGGAAGAGAAUAAUAAGCAAGAUCAACAACAAUCUGUGGAGAAUAAGAAGCUUGACCAAGUUGCUCAUGACCAAACGGAACUCAACAACAACAACAUCAACAAAAACAACAACAAAACAGAGGAGAGGGUGAGUUGCGAAGUUUGAUGGAAUUGGAAGAUCAGUGUUGUUGCCUCAAUCUCUAUCUCUCUAUAUUUUACGUGUAAAAUUAGUAAAACGUGCGAAAAGAGGCAGAGACGGUGUAGAUAUCGUUGCCUAUACUAGCUAUUUCUAUCUCUCUCUACAGUUAUUUUAACUUAUUUUGGUUCACUGUUUAUGUAAUUUCUGUUUUUUGUUUACCCACGCUAAUUAAUUGUGCCCCUAAAUAUAGGGAAUUUCAUAGAAAGAGAGUCCUAUAUGGUGAUGUAUUGUUAUUAUAUGGACUAUAGUUGUAAAAGCUUAUUCCAAGCAUGAAGCACCUUUCAUACUCAGGCGCUGAUCGAGUUUAUUGCAUGAAGACUGUGAUUAUAUAUGUAUUUUCUUCCUUUUUA